AUGGGCCGAAAGGGUGUUCGUAAUGCUCGCUAUAAAGUUAAAAAUCGUACAAGGGAUAUCGACCAGAUAUCUAGUGACCUCAAAGAGGAAAAUUUUGCUAAACGAGUUAGUGAAGCUACAGAACCAGACGAAGAUAAGCCUGGUCUUGGUCAAUUCUUUUGUAUCUUUUGUGACAAGUAUUUUAUUGAUCAGAUCACUCUUGAUCUUCACAAAAAGCAGAAACCUCAUAAAAGAAGGUUAAAGUCUCUGGAUGAACCUCCACAUACACAAGAAGAUGCAGACCUUGCUGCUGGAAUUCUAAAGGAUGAUUAUAAAAUAUCUUCUAAAAAGCUAUGUAUAUCACCUGAUUUGUGUCAACAGAGCGUUCAAUUAAUACCACCUGUUUCAUAUACUUAUGUGGAAUAA